AUGGUUGAGCUUUGCAGCAUUGAAGAUCUAUCAAAAUUUCACUAUUCCUUCAAAUUUUAUUCUGUUUUUCUGUUCGGUCUCUCUAAUAAAAACACACAAUUUUCAGAUAUUUUGUCCAUAUUCAACCCAAAAUUGGAAGGGAUAUCCCAUGGAAUGGGAAAUGUAGAUUCACUCCCUUCUAACCAAUUUAACGUAGCUGAGAGCGGAGCAGAAACUGAUGGAAUGCCUGAUCAAGCUAAAAGGCUGAUUGAACGCCUAAAAGAAUAUUAUACAACAGAACAGCUUAAAGAAAAGUGGAUAAUGCUUUUUAUAACUGUUGGAACUGAAGAAUUUUGUGCAAAAUGUGAUCCUCCAAAUAUCGAAGCUCUAAGGCAUUCGAUCCAAACACUUCGCAGAUCGCUUCCAAAACUUUUUGUAGUCUUAGUUGGUCCUAUACACGUUGCACGAUCUUCUGAAUUGACUCUAAAUUUAUUAAAGCCUCGCUGUCCAUGCCUUUCGAGAAUUACAGAUUUUCAACUUGCAAAUUUACAACAAAUUUGGCGUAAAGCACUAACUCAAUUGGAGGCGGAAUUUUAUGAGAAGAAUAAUAAAUAUCCAACAUUUUCCCUUUUGGCGUUGUCUAAGCUUAGGAUUGGUAUAGACAAUCGGCAACCUUUAGAACAACUUUUUCUGUCAGAAUUUCCUCUUCUUAAUAGGCAAGGAAAUUGUUCGAGUAUUGCCGUAUUUCCAUAA